AUGGCCAAUCUCAAGUCCUGGGGUCUGAACGUGGUCAGGUUGGGCAUGAUGUGGCCUGGCGUGGAGCCAACUCCCGGCAACUACAACCAGACAUACCUGGAGGUCAUGCGGAAGUUGGUGGACGACCUCCAUAGCCAUGGCAUUUGGACCAUUGUGGACUUCCACCAGGACGCCUUUGCCGAGCGAUUCUGCGGCGAGGGCGUUCCGGAUUGGCUCCUGGGGAUGCUGGAGCCGAUCCGGCGCACCUGCAAAGGCGCCUUCCCAGAGGCCGCAAAGAUCUUUGGCCAGUGCAAGUCCUUUGAGGAGUACAACUACAGCACCGAUCCGAAGACAGGCUUCCCGAAGACGGAGGAAUGCCUCAGCGUCGGCUUUGACAUGUACUCGCGGACACCCGAAGUGACGAGCUCCUGGGGCCACUUCUUCGCCCUGGACGCUGUUCAGCAGAAGUUUCGCGACUUCUGGUCCGUGGUCGCCAAGGCCUUUGUGGGAUCUCCAGGAGUGUUGGGAUACGACCUGGUGAACGAGCCCCUCAAUGGCGACUACUUCCUGGACCCGAAGCUGCUGGAGCCUGGCGAGGCGGACCGGCGUUUGCUGGAGCCCAUGUACGUCAGCCUGGGUAAAGUGAUCCGUGAAGCUGAUCCUGAGGCGUUGCUGAUAUACGAGCCGGCACCCUUCCCGGACACCAUCCCAGCCUACGUUCCGCUCGCGGGGGGCGUCCGCCCCGUUGGCUUCGAGACGGGCCCAGCGCCGGGCGAGGGCGAUCGCCAGGUGCUGUCCUACCACAUUUACUCCUGCGGCUUCGCCACAAACAAGUGCGACAGGAAAGGGGACCCUCCCUCAGCGGUUUGCGAAACCUGCGACCACAUGGCGGAUGCGGCGGUGACCACGCGUGAGACUGACGCCCGCCGCCUGGGCGGCGCUGCCUUUCUCACGGAGUUUGGGGCCUGCUCUGGCACUCCCAACUGCCUCGCGGAGAUCCACCGCGUGGCGGAUAUGGCUGACCGAUCCUUGCAUUCCUGGGCAUACUGGCAGUUCAAGUACAACCACGACAUCACCACGGUGGCAGGCCCUGAGGAAGGCUUCUACGACCUCCAUGGCGGCUUGCAGAUUCCCAAGGUGGCUGCACUGUCGCGAACCUUCGCCCCUUUUGUGGCGGGCAAAACCACCUCCCAGCGCUACGACUCGGCAUCUGGUGCAUUCCGGGUCACCUACGUACCUGAAGAGCAGACGCGGGGCCUAAAGACGGAGAUCUACUACAACGAGAAGCUGAACUAUCCUCGUGGCGUGGACGUCCGCGUCGUUGGCGGCGUGUCCGAGGUGUUGAGCCAGAGCCGGAUCGAGGUCACGUCGCAAGUGCAGCCAGGUGCCGUGGUCGACGUCGCCUUAGCGCCGCCCUCGCGCCUGGGCGGUGGCGAGUUUUCCUCCAAGGGAGGUGGCCUCGUGCAGUGGAAGGCCGAGCCCGCCAACGUCACAUCGUUCGAGCUCUCCACCGCCAGCGAUAUUACUUGGUGGAAAGGUCUCAAGGUGAUUUCUGAUCGUGGCGACACUGUGUGCGAUCUGCAAAUGCAGGAUGCCACCCAUGGGCCUCUUCGCUGCGUUCUUCCAGCCUCUGAGCAGCAUGCGCUGCUUUUCAGCUACAAGAUCGAGCUGUGGAAAGCAAAAGAGCUGGGCAUUCACAGGCGUGUGGAUGUCCUCGACCGGGACUUCUUUGGCCCCCUCUUGGGAAGGACAGUGUCCUUCCACUGGUCCACUGACUCCGUCGUUCACGCGGAGGUGGUGAUCUGA